AUGCCACGAAAUCGUAGUUUUAAACAAAUUUUAGAUUCUAUUACAGAUUCAGAAAGUGUGGUUUCUCGACAUACAAAAGCUCAACAUGAAUUAGAAGAUAUGAUCCAACAGGAAGGAGAAGAAGAAAGUGAAUCAUUUACAGAACAAUUAGGCAGAUUAAAUUUAA